AUGCCUGGCGUGGAUGAAUGCUUACAGGCAAAAUCUGGAGGAGAUAUGUCCUCUGGUGGCUUUACCGCCCGAGCACAGGGUGCCGGGGAUCGGAAUACCAAUGCUGCCAGUGCUCAGGGCUCUAAGCCUUCGAACAACUCCGGAUCUGGCAAUAUUGGCGCCGGUAAGGGUGGUUCCACUGGUGACUCUAAUACUGGGGCCCAGGUCUUAAAUCUUGCUCUUGAGAUGGAAUUCGCAUAA